CUAAUCAGUAGUGUUUGUAGGAGGAGAGAGUGUACAAGGCCUACAUCCAAACUGCUCGCGCUUCGUCUAAUUCAUCGAGUCGGCUGUGUUUUAUACACAAAAACAAUAUUUGACUAAUUUAUUUUUUAUUAGUUUUGCAUUCUUCUCCAAGUGUGGCAUUAAAAAUCGCUGCAUUUCUGUUAAAUUUGAGGUCUUUCGUGUGCGCGUGUUGUUCGGUGGUUUGAAAACUAGCCAAGCUAGCUUCUUAGCUAGCAAAACAAACAAACAAACAAGAAAGACGAGCUUUCAGUUUAAACACGUUCUUAGACACGUUUAUAAGUGUUUACUUGGGGUAUUUCUUGAUUAAAGCGAGUGUGUCUAUUCAAGUAAGUUGUUAAUAGGACAAAUGUCAUUGUAUGCUAUUUUGUUUUUGCUUUAGCUGAAUAGCUAAUUAGAUAACGCUCAGCAGCUGCGGCUUGUCUGUGCAAAACAUUUAGUUGGUGAAGUAAAGGUAAACUACAGUAGAGUGUAGUUUACAGUUUAGUUUAAUCCCUUAAGCAUAAUUUGUUUGCAGAGUGUACGACAGAAAUUGUAGUUUAACCACAAAAUCAUAAUUUUACGUUUAAAAAAACCCUAAGUAAACAACGAUAACAAAAAUGAGAGGCAGCUCUUCGUACGGGGACAGAGACCGGGACAGAGACCGUGGACGGGACAGAGGGCCCCGCUUUGGGUCUAGCCGUGGAGGUCCGCCUCCUCCUAAGAAGUUUGGGAACCCUGGAGACCGGCUAAGGAAGAAGAAAUGGGACCUUAGUGAGCUGCCCAAAUUUGAGAAAAACUUCUACAGCGAGCACCCAGAGAUCCAGCGCAUGAGUCAGUAUGAGGUAGAAGAGUUUCGCAGAAAGAAAGAGAUCACUGUCAGGGGCUCUGGGUGCCCGAAGCCGGUGCCAAACUUCCACCAGGCACAGUUUCCUCAAUAUGUGAUGGAUGUACUGCUGCAGCAAAAUUUCAAGGAGCCCACAGCCAUUCAAGCACAGGGCUUCCCAUUGGCUCUCAGCGGCAGGGACAUGGUGGGCAUUGCACAGACUGGAUCUGGCAAAACACUUGCCUAUCUACUUCCAGCCAUUGUGCACAUCAACCACCAGCCAUACUUGGAGAGGGGAGAUGGACCCAUUUGUCUGGUUCUAGCUCCAACACGUGAACUGGCACAGCAGGUGCAGCAGGUAGCGUAUGAUUAUGGCAAGUCUUCCCGAAUCAAGAGCACCUGUGUGUAUGGAGGAGCCCCUAAGGGUCCACAGAUCAGAGACUUGGAAAGAGGUGUUGAGAUUUGCAUUGCCACCCCUGGUCGUCUGAUCGACUUCCUGGAGGCAGGGAAGACGAACCUGCGUAGAUGCACCUACCUUGUACUGGAUGAGGCAGACCGCAUGCUUGACAUGGGCUUCGAGCCACAGAUCCGCAAAAUUGUAGAUCAGAUUCGGCCGGACAGGCAGACAUUGAUGUGGAGCGCUACCUGGCCCAAAGAGGUGCGUCAGCUGGCAGAAGACUUUCUUCAUGAUUACAUCCAAAUUAAUAUCGGUGCCCUGGAGCUCAGCGCCAACCACAACAUCCUGCAGAUUGUGGACGUCUGUAUGGAGAACGAGAAGGACAAUAAGCUGAUUCAGCUGAUGGAGGAAAUAAUGGCGGAGAAGGAGAACAAGACCAUAAUUUUUGUUGAGACAAAGAAACGCUGUGAUGAGCUGACUCGCAGGAUGAGGAGAGAUGGAUGGCCAGCAAUGUGCAUUCAUGGUGAUAAAAGUCAGCCAGAGAGAGACUGGGUCCUUUCAGAGUUCCGCAGCGGUAAAGCUCCCAUCCUUAUAGCUACUGACGUCGCCUCACGUGGGCUGGAUGUGGAAGAUGUGAAGUUCGUCAUUAACUACGACUACCCGAACUCUUCGGAGGAUUAUGUGCACCGCAUCGGGCGUACUGCCCGGAGCACCAACAAAGGCACAGCCUACACGUUCUUCACACCUGGGAACCUGCGUCAGGCCCGUGACCUGGUACGGGUCCUAGAGGAGGCCCGACAGGCCAUCAACCCCAAACUCCUGCAGCUGGUCGACUCUGGACGUGGGUCAGGAGGAGGAAGGAUGCGUUACCGUGGCUCCAGCUCAAACAACCCGAACCUGAUGUACCAGGAUGAGUGUGAAAGGCGCAUGCGCUCCGUCGGCGGAAGUGGCGGGAACAGUAACAAGGACGGCCGGGGAGGCAGCAGCUACAGCCGAGAUGGUCGCUCAAGCCAUGAUGACAGAUCAUCCACCUCGUCUUCGUACCGAGAUCGCAGCCGUGAUGGGCGGAAUAACUACAGCUCAGGCGAUCAGUACCAGAGCUACAACAGCAGCGGAGCAGGAGGGUACAGCUCAAGGCCGGGUGGAGUUUCACAGUCAGGUGGUGGUAGCAAUAGUGGCUCAGGAGGGCAGCAAAAUCAGUCAGGACCACCACAGGGCCCAUUUAAUCAGGGUCCUCCUCCACCACCACAGUCUGGGACCGGACCAGGACCACAGCCCCUGAUGGCCCAGCAGUUUGCCCCACCUCCACCACCCCAGCCCAUGAUGGGAUUUAUGGGUCCGGGACAGUAUUCGUUCGGUCCCCCUCCACCACCCCCUCCUCAGCAGCAGCGAAAGUAAAACUUUUUAUUUAAAAGAGAAGUCAGAUUGUGUCAUAUCCAUCAAGUAGUGGUAUUUAAUCAUUCCUGACCCACUACCAGAGUGAAGAAAGUUCAGUAGAGUUCAGUGUUCGUCUCUAUCCGUAGACCUUUCCUUCCUCUCUGUUUUAAAGAAGUGUUUUGAUGUGACAUUUUGAGCAGGCCUGUCAUUCAGUGAUUGUGGAGGCAAGGACUAUACCUACUGAAUUCUCUGUUCAUCUAUACACUGAUGUGUCUGCUAUAUAUAAAUCUCUUGCUCUUUGUCUGUGGAACUGCUAAGUGGAACAUCUUUUAAUCAUUCACGGACUGAGAUUCGAGUUUGCGUAGAGGAGAAAAUCAUUUACCAGAACUAGGCUAAUGAUUUAUUAUGUUGCUUUUCAUUUAACAGCUUUUACUUUUAUAGCUUUCCCCUCUGGGUAAUUGAGUUUUAUUGUUCUCCACUAUAAUGUAUAAUCCUUUCUCUUUCUAGCUCAUUUAGGCCUGUUAUUUCUGUUAGCAGUAGGAGUACAGAUCACGUUUUGAUGGCAACCAUUUUUGUGAACAUGCUAGUUGUGUACAGUAGGUUGAAUAAGCUAGCCUGGGAUUUGUAUCCUGUUUUGAUGAUUUCUACAGUUUCAUUUUUAAUAAAGGGGGUUGACCUAAAAAAAA